AUGCUGCUGCUGCAGCGGCGCGAGGGGGGCGCAAGUGCAGCGGAGCUGCCAGGCACUGCAGCAGCAGCAGCAGCAACAGCAGCUCAAAGAGCAGCAGCAGACACAGGCUACUUCCCCUGUCCCCUGGAAGACACAGUCUUAACCCCUCUUAUACUGGGCGGUGAAGACGGAUCCCUGCAGGGAAAUUGCAGCAGCAGCAGCAGCAGCAGUAGCAGCAGAGUAUGUACCAGCAGCAGCAGCAAAUGCUCCUGCUGCAGCAGGACGAGCUGUAGAGGAGGCGCAGGGCCCCACCUGUUGUCGGCUCGCUACUGCGCAGCAGCAGCAAACCUGCAUGCAGAAUCCGAAGCAGCAGAGCCAGCAGCAACAGCAGCAGCUGAUUCGUUUCGUCUGCCUCCAGAUGUUAUUCAGACAAAAUGUGCAGCAGAUACAGCAGAGGAGGCUCGUGCCACAGCAGCUGCAACAGCAGCAGCAGCAGGAGGAGCAGCAGGAGCACUCCCAGCAGCAGAAGCAGCAGCAGCAGCAGAAGCGGCAGCAGCAGCUAGCUGCUUGCCAGAUGUUGCGCUAAGCGACGUUGCAUGUGUGAAGCAGACGCUAAGGGCAGUAGCAGCACGCCGUGUCCACGCAGCAGCAGCAGCUGCUGCUGCUGCUGCUGCUGCUGCAGGUUGUGGGCGGCAUAUGCCAUCUGCAGCAGCCGCAGCAGCAGAAGCCGCAGCAGCAGAAGCAGCAGCAGCGGACGCUGCGCUCUUUGCUGCACAGCGGCGCUGCCUGCUGCAGCAGCAGACACAAGCUGGCCCGUUGCUGCUGCAGCAGCAGCAGCUGUAUGCCUGCGGCCGCGAAGCUGCAGCAAGCAUUCAGCUGUACGUACACCUCAAACGUGCUGCAGUGGUAGCCGGCGGGGUGGUUAUUAAGACAGUCCCCACAGCUUACUCGCCACUUGCUGCUGUUCUCGCUCCUGCUGCUGCUGCUGCGGCUGAAGAGAGAGACGCAGCAGCAGCAGCAGCAGCAGGUGCGGGGUACAGUUUGCAAAGGGGAGAGGAGCCGCUGCGGCUUUGGCUGCUGGAGAGAAAGGCUGCUGCUCGCGAGUGUGUGGUUGAGAGCUUCAGCCUCAGCAGCAGCAGCAGCAGCAGCAGCGCAGCAGCAACAGCUGCUGCUGCUGCAGCGGAGCAGCUAACUGUAGGCAUCCCUGCUGCAGCUUCUCAGAUAUGGGUCACUGCUGCAGCACGGGGGGUCUCGUUUGUGCCCCCGCACUCAAGCCCCGCGCAGCAGCAGUGGCAGCAGCAGGAGCAGCAGCAAAUGCUCAAUCAGCAAGAGCAGCAGCAGCAGCAGCAGCAAAGGCAGCAAGUAGUGGGCGCAGAUAGCACGCCGCUGCUGUUCUCGGUCACUGCUCGGGGAGGCGGCAGCGCUAGGCCUGUGCUGUUUCGCUGCUGCAGCAGCUGCGCUUUCGGUAGCAGCAGCAGCGGCAGCAACUUGUGCUGCUGCUGCUAUGGAGCCGCGAAGGCUUCCUCUUUUGUGACUUUCACUCAUGACAGGGGCAGCAGCAGCAGCAGCAGCAGCAAGAGUGGCAUUGUAGUUUUGGGGAUGAUAUCUGAGCUUCCUCUUGCUGUUGCAUUUGCUGCGGAGACGCAGCGGCUGCUGCUGCUGCUGCUGGUGCCUCUCGACGAAGAGGAAGAGCUGGCAAAGCAGCAGCAGCGGCAGCAGCAGCAGGACCCGGAGCCUGCGCCGCUGUACGAGCUGCAGCAGCUUGCUUCCUUCGCGUGCGGGUCUGCAGAAGGGCCAGCUGCAGAGGCUUUGUCUGCUGCAGCAACAGCAGCAGCAGCACGAGGCGCUGCUGCUGCUGCAGUUCCCGUAGCACUGCAGCAGCAAGGCUGCAAGCCUGCUUCGCCGCCAGCUCUUUUGCUGCUGCCGUGGGGAAGCCCUUUUGCUGUUGAAGAUCGGCUGCGUGUGCUGGUGCACCUGGAGGAGC